ACCACCCGCACUGUGCAGCAGCCUCCUUUCGUCUCGUAGUUGGCUGGGGUUGCCAACGCGACACCUCGUCGGAAUCCGGUCGCGCGACCUCCACUUCUCGCCGGCCGGAGCGGGUGCGCCAUCACCAUGGACCCGGAAGCGGUACGGAAAAGCCUGGAGCCCACCGCAACUGUCGAAAAAAUCACCGGCUCCACCCCUGCGCGGCUCCACUUCUACGACCCCUUCGUCCUCAGCGGAGUCAGCAUCGAAGCCGCUGAGCACGGUCGCCUCCUCUGCUCCUUUGUCGUCACCCCUCGCCUUGCGAGUCCCGCGGGGUACCUCCGCAGCGGUGUCACAGCGACGCUCGCCGACCAGCUGGGAUCGGCCGUGUUUUUCUGCAGCGGGCUCCCCAGCAGCGGGGUAUCCCUCGAAAUCAGCGUCUCCUUUGUUGACGCGGCUGCCGUCGGGGAGGAAAUAGAGGUCGAGGGAAAGCUGUUGCGUGCCGGCAAGUCAGUCGGUGUCGUCUCUGUCGAUUUCAGGAAGAAAAAGACAGGAAAACUGAUGGCGCAGGCCCGUCACACCAAGUAUCUUGUGGCAUCAAGCAGAUUGUGAGGCUGCCCCCUUCUGUUAACAAGAUGUCAACAUAAUUGCGCCCGAACUGUCCAUUACUGAUGCCAUUAUUAAUAGGCAGCAACGAUACAACGCUUGUAGUAUAUCCUUUAUGUCAAAUUUUUUUUGUGCUGUAUAUUUAUUUACAUAUGAAAUCCAAGUAUCAGUGGUGCCUCUGUGACAGCCAAUCAAGCGUGAUCAGAUAAGGUCUUGUU